AUGGAUUACUACCGACAAAAUGAACUCCCCGAGACGGUCAAGCGUUACAAGACCUACACCGACCAAUUCCAAGCGUGGUUGCUCCAGACAGCCUUCCAACGUGGCGUGGAGAUUGCAAAUGUGGUUGCAGACCAGGCUAAGAAGAAAAAGAAUAAGAAGGGCUACAGAAUACCGCUACAGAAACAGGAGCAGCUCGUCAACGCCAUAGCCGCUACGAGCAUUCCGCUCGCGGACACCAGUGGUAUCGACGACCUGGGAGACGCUAUCCGGUCAAGGAAGGAGGUAACGCAAUAUCACAAACAAAAUAACACGGCGGACCUGGGUCAUGAAUACUUCAAUGGCAGCUUAGAAGCGCUCAUGGCGGUGCUGAAGGAUCUUGUCCCCGGUAUCAAUAAGGCUCGAAACGGCAAGACUGACACGCCUACCCUUGUCUUCAUUCAGUUUCCCGCCGAGUCCAACAAAAGCCAAGACGAACAGGACGAUUUACUUGAGAAGAUGCGGCAGCGGGACCAGGUUGACAUGGAUGAUGGCAGUCAGCAGCAGCAGACUCUGACUUCCAAGACGAUGACGAAGGCGGCGAUACCAGAGGAGAAUCUGCUGACUGCAGAGGAGGAACAGUUGCGCCGUGACUUUCUUGUACUCUGCUUCCUCUACAAGUUCAACCGCAUACGGGCUGUCAUCUACGAGGUGUGGGUCGCUUACCAUGAGGGCCAUGUCAAUGCGAUGACCGCAGCGCUAGUGACCGACCUCGCCCAGGAUCAUUUGCACCAGAACGUCAAGGCACUGAUGGAGGAGCUCGAUUUGCUACCAGGAGACCUGGCCACACUCAUCCGUCAGCUUUUCGAUACGAUCAAAGCAGCUCCCAACACUGGAGCACAGAACGCAGCAACACCGCUCACUGAAAAGGCACUGCGUCACCUGUUUUGUCUGGAUGAUGCUGCCGUCUUGAUCAAGAGCUACGUCACGAAUAAGCGCCCGAUGAAGGACAGUAUUGGCAACGACAUCCAGGAGCACCCUCUCAUGAUAUUCUUGAGGUUCUUCGACGUUAUUCGCAAGGGCAACCUCAAGCUUCCAAAGUGGGAUCACUUUACCGCAGAGAUGCUGUUGCAUCAAUGUACAUCACAAGACUACCUACCCUUCGGCCUUGCCAUUGUUCUCGACAUCCAAGAGGCAGUGCGCGAGGACUGUCGUCGGAUGAUACGCGACCUCACCGAGCACGGCUUAGACAUCGCCAGAUGUAUCCGUUGUCAUGUCGACUACGAAGACCGCAUGUGGGCCAAGGGAACAAAGCCUGACUACAUGUGCAAAGAAGAGAUCAAGUUCAGUACCCUCCUGUUGAAGCCUCUAGACAGGCUGUUGGACUGGCUGCAAGAUGUUCUGAAUUCGCGAGAAGUGCCGAUGGCUGCUAGCGUCUUCAUCACCGUUCAUUCGACGCUCGCGGGACUUUCAAUGUGGCACUACAACCAGAUCUACCACCAUACUACCAUUACCAAGAUACAGUGGUUCAUCAAUGGCCUCGCUCACCUCUACAACGCCGCCUGCCAAAUCGGCGGUCUGAACAUCCAGUGGCCAGACCUCGACUAUCUGAUCAAGAUGCAUGGGUCAAGAGCUUUGUUUCACGGCGAUCCACCGACCCACCCUAACGACUUUCUCAAUCGCUAUCUCCUCUCGGGUAGCACCAGUAGCCGCGCUAUGGCCACGGACUUCCGCCACACUUCCAGGUACCUCCCUCGGGUGCCGAAACAAGUUGGAGUGAAACGCGGUUUACGGAGUGAUUUGCCAUUGGAGGCUAAGAUUUCCGAUUACUAUGGCCCGAACCCGGACAAUAACCGUUGGUUGAGGCGUCAUGCAGUCUUCAACCAUCUCUACCGACGGAAAGAGGCUGUUGGAGGCGCAUCAGACGAUGACUGCAAACAGGCUAGACGGAUCUCAGAGGACUUGCGAGGCACGUUUGCCGAUCUAGCAACCAAGAUCACGCCCUCGAAGCCAAGGCGAAAAGGCAAGGACAAGGCCAGGGUACGCAAACCCGAUUUCGACAAGCAGGACGAGACACACGCCAAGCUGCUAGGUACCAUGAGGUCAGAACUGCAGGAGAACGAAGUACACAGUAACUUUGACUUCCUCUCCUUCUAUCGUCGCGCCUUCGGCCUCGUUCUACGCCUUCGCGAGGAAGUUCUCAUGAGCGACGAUGUACGGCGCUCCCGGGCUGAAGACAUCAAUGCAAAUCCCGAGCCCCACAAUUUCCAACUGAUAACAGAUCUCUUCCGCGAUCUUCGAAUUGAGCCCAAGACUAAGAAAGAAGAAGAGGCCGAAGCGAAGGAGGGUGCUGGACAGCAGCUCUCAGCCAAAGUCGUACCGUUGAAGCAGAUUCGACGUGUCGCUGAGAUGAUGCAUGACUUGACCCUUGCCAAGGGUGAUGUGGAGUUGAGGCGCGCCAAGUUACGGGUCAAGGGGGAUUGGGAGGGUCUCAAGGCUUCGUAUGCUGCUGAAGAAGCUGAGAAAGAGGCUUCUGGUGUCGAAGAGAGCGUUCCACAGGCAGAAUCCGAAGACGAAGUGGUGACUGAGGUUUCCGAUGCUUUAGAUGGCCUUGCGCCUCCGCUGAGCAUCGUCAACGGCACCAAGCGCACGUUCGAGGCAGAUCGAGACUCAGAAGAUGGUGGGACGUAUACGCUGGGGUCUCAGAUCUUGGGACAAAAGCAUACACAGUGCGACACGAAAAACUGGUCAGACGAGCCUGAUAGUCUAGAAGUCCUUGAUGUCGCUAUCGAUACCCAGGAUAUGGAGGCCUUGUCACGCUUCGAGGACAAGAGAAAUGACAUCAGGCGCAAAUACGAAGCGGGCGUUGACUCCACGAGCCGCCCAGUUCACUUGCUCAACUCAGGCGGUUGGAACGGCGCAUGUGUAGAAGUCGCUGCGGACGAACACAUCCCCACUUCCAUUGCGCCCGAAGCAGACCAGCGCCAUUCCUUGGGCGCGCAAAUCCGUCAGGUCAUGGGCACUGCUGCCGCAAUCUCACUCGCAGCACCCAUCAACGAUGACAACAAACACAGCGGCACAAGAUCUAUAGGGUGCGUUUCAUUAGCUACGGCGACCAGGAACAAGCCAAAAGGGAUAUACCACCGCAUCACAUAUUCCAGCACUACGUCUCGCAAAUCCCGUAUCACGGCCAUCUUUCCUUCGUCAUCUUCUAGGAACACCAAGCUUCUAGCGCUAACCCAGCCGCGAAAGGCCUCAUUCCAACGUCUCUCUGGUACCGCUAGGAAGCAUCGCAUCGCCUUUCACUGCUACACGCGAUGCGCUAUGGCUCGUGCCCUACAUGGCCAGCAGACUCGUCUGCAGCGACGAAUGGCGAUUGCCGUUGCGGAGCUGAAGAAGAAGGCCAGGAGGGAUUCGGCCGGUAAGUUUUGA